GUAAAAUCAACUUCAACUCUUUACUAUUUUUAGAGAGAAAAAUAAAGGAAAGUUACUUUUUCAUAAAGAAAUACACUAGAAUAGACAUCAUUUAUCUUAUUAAUUUUUCUAUUUUAUAAAAAUAUAGAGAAAUAUAUUAGAAAUGGUUUAACUAAUUAAAUCGAUUAAAAAAUGACCAGAGUGUACUCUUACAUGUCCCAGCGACCGUAGUAAAUAUAUUUAAAUACAACUUGUCACCUUGCCAUAUACAAAGGUCAAGACCAAUACCAAAAACGAUGAUUAUUUUAAAUGAGCCAAUGGCAAACGUCUGCGAUGAGCUCGAAGACUCUCUUCAUCCAGGCACCACCGAAGGUUCCAUGAGAUCCUCAUCUGGAGGAUGGAAAUCGGCAAGGCUUAUCAUCGGUGUAGAAAUGGCCGAACAUUUCGCCUUUUACGGGAUUUCCUCGAACCUAAUAACGUACCUGACGGGACCAUUGGGAGAGUCAACGGCUGCAGCUGCUGCGAAUGUCAACGCAUGGAGUGGAACGGUGUCGUUUCUGCCUCUCCUCUGGGGCUUUAUCGCUGACUCGUUUCUCGGUCGUUUCCGUACUAUCCUAGUUGCAUCUUCUCUGUAUAUCUUGGGACAUGGGCAACUGUCGUUUUCAACCAUGAUUUCUUCUCACCACAAAGAUCCAAGUCAACUCCAAGUGACCCUCUUCUUCUGUUCUUUGUAUCUUAUAGCCAUAGGCCAUGGCGGUUACAAACCAUGUAUUAGGGUAUUUGGAGCUGAUCAACUUGAUGGGGAUGCCUUAAGCUCUUACUUUAACUGGUUAAUGUUUGGAAGUUGUAUUAGCGUGUUGACCACUCGUUUGAUCUCUAUAUUUAUUCAAGAGAACCUAAGUUGGUCCUUGGGAUUUGGUAUUCCAAGUGUUUCCAUGCUACUUUCUCUGCUUAUAUUCCUUCUUGGAACUAAGAACUAUCGUUUCAGCACUGCAAGAGGAGAAAAGAAAAACCCUUUUGCUAGAAUCAGUCAUGUUUUUAUGGAGGCUGUAAGGAACAGAGGACAACCAGGUUUAGAUAUAUAUAACCCCAACCAGACCCUCCUUAUGGUACCUGUUCAUGACUCAAAGCAGCUCAGGUUCCUUGACAAGGCGGCGAUCUCAUGUGAUUUGGCUGAAAUUGAAGAAGCAAAAGCAGUGCUUAAGCUUGCUCCCAUAUGGAUGAGUUGCUUGGUCUAUGCCAUUGUAUGUGCUCAAUCCCACACUUUCUUCACAAAGCAGGGAGCCACAAUGGACAGGUCAAUCUCACCAGGACUCUUAGUCCCUGCAGCUACACUUCAAUGUUUCAUAAACUUAACAAUGAUCAUUUUCAUCCCAAUCUAUGACCGUCUACUUGUCCCUAUCGCAAGAUCCUUCACUCAGUGCCCAUCAGGAAUCACAAUGCUUCAGAGGAUUGGAUCAGGCAUGGUUCUCUCCAUUCUUGCUAUGGUAGUAGCCGCCUUGGUCGAGACCAAAAGGCUCCAAACCGCACGGGAUGAUGCCACAACACUGAUGUGCGUGUGGUGGUUGGUUCCACAGUACGUAUUCAUUGGAGUCGCGGACAUGCUGACAAUGGUGGGUUUGCAAGAACUCUUCUAUGACCAAGUCCCUUGUGAGCUUAGGAGCAUUGGUAUGGCUUUGAAUCUAAGCAUUUAUGGGGUCGGCAACUUUCUAAGCAGCUUCAUGAUAUCCUUCAUUGAUAAGGUGACGAGGCAGUCUGGUCAAACGAGCUGGUUCGAUAACGACCUGAACAAGGCUCAUUUGGAUUACUUCUACUGGCUUCUGGCUUGUCUCAGCUCCAUUGGUUUAGCCUCCUACUUGUGGUUCGCCAAGUCGUAUGUUUACAAUAGACCAAACAAAUUCUAAAAAUAAUCUUGUGACAUUGUGGUUGUCUUUUUAACUUAAUUUGAUUUCUUGCAUUUCUGA